AUGGCGUCGAUGCUGUCGGAUAACUCGAGCAGCGUGCAGUGGAAACCCAAGCUUCGUAAGAAGGAUAUUUCAUACUUUAUGGACGAGAGCAGCGUCAAACCCGGACAGACGCGCUUCUGUUGCGUGAGCCACUCGCACGCGACGGUGGACGAGAUUAUGAAACUCUUCGUGGUACCCGACGCCGACUCCGUGGUACGGAACAACCGCGUGUUGUCCGACAGUCUGCUGGAAGCUCGAGUCCUGUCAGUUCUACGUCGACCAACGGAAAAACGACCUAUGAACUCUAUGUACGUUCGAUACUCCAGCUACCAGGCGCCUGGUUUAAUGGUAAACCGAGAGGUUUGCCUUGCAGUGGCCACGGAUAUUAUCCACCAAGCAGACGGAUCUACUAUCGGCUACUGUCUGUGGGAUUCCAUCGACGACCCGGAGUUUGCUGAAGCGAGUAACAAGCCAGGUCUCGAGCCCAGUACAAUGUUUCGAUCGGGCUUUUUCCUUCGUCGUUCAGGUAGACGGUCGUCAUCGAACAACGAACAGAACUACACGAAGAUUGUGUACAUGGUCGGACUAGAGCCUGGCGGCUGGGCGCCGGGCCUCACUGCUCGCCUGUUGAUGGAGCGGUUUGGCGAUAACCUCGUGCGUCUGUGCUCGCACUUCCGUCGCAAGAAUCUCGACUCGCGGACGUUCGUCAUGAAAACCCAGUGGUUGUCCAAACUCUCUGCCAAGAGCUGCAAAGAGUGCCACAAGGCGUUCCAAGUUCUGUCGAAUCGAGUGAACUGUCACUCGUGCGGACACGUGGUCUGCCGAUCCUGUGUCUCGAAAGAGCAGGUCGAUCUGCACGCUGUGGGUCUUGUGCCUAUGCACAUCUGCUUCAUGUGUCUUGGCAAAGCUGGCCUUCCCGUCCCUCCGGCUUUGCAAAAGACCCGAUCGAACCAAGGGAGAAGACGGUUGCAGUCCGAUACAGCCACUAUUUCGCAGCUCACGACGCAAGCCCAGCCAUCGUCUCAAUCGCAGGAGCCCUAUCAACAGUCCAAGUCUGUCGUCGAGAGCGACUUGAUUGAAGAGGAAGAAGAAGACGACGACGAUACGGACACUGGAGAGUGGGCCUUCACACCCUUGGGUGUACCCAUUCGACCCUAUCGAAUGAAAUGA